AUGCCUCACGUCAGCGAUGGUCAAGUGGUGAUUGGCAAUUACGACAUUGGCGACGUUGAAGCAGCUAGCGACGACGAAGGAUCUGGCAACGAGGAUGAUGCCGGCAGUGCUGAUGACUCCAGCGACACCGAGAGUUCUAGCGACGAAGACGAAGAUGCCACCAAUAAUGAAUAUGACAUCGAGGGUGAAGAAGCCAACAGCGAUCAAGAUUCUGACAGCGAGGAGGAUGCUAGCGACGUUGAAGAUGCCAUCGACGACGAAGUCGACUACAAUGAAGAUGAAGACAUGGAAAAGCCAACCAACAUUUUCAACCCAAGUGGCUCCCGCGUAAACUACACCGACAUGGGCCAGUCCUACGCGUCAGGACUAUCCAACGAAUACAGCCCACCCGCUAGCGACUCCGGAAGAAGAGACCUUGACGAAUGGACAGAGCGUCUUGAAGAAAACGGCUUUGAGACAUCCGACGACCUGCCCGACGAAGAAUACCUCAGCGGGGCUCGCGAAGCGUCUGUUGCAUACUGGCAUGCCAAUGGCGGUGGGCAUGUCGUUGCGAUGGAUGGUGGUUACAAUGAUGCGACGUAUACAUACUCUGAUCAUCAGGGUCGUGUCGAUGAGGAUGUCACGGAGGAAGUGAAUAAAGCAAGGCGCGAGGACCGCAUUGCAGGCUACAUCACGAGGCCGGACUCUGACGAUCGCGAGAGGGAACAGCAGCAGGAGGAUGACUAUGAGGAUGACGAGGAAGAAGCGGGAGGAGAUGAGGACUAUGGUGAUGAUGGAGAUUAUGAAAUGGACAAUGGGUGGAACAAAUACCGGUGA